UGCUUGAUCAAUCUUUUUCCCCUUGUCUGCGUAUCGAACAUUGUGCAAUGCAGGUCGUAUUGUGCACAUCUUGCAUCAUUUGUAUUAUGAUCAGCAAUCUUUACCAAGAGACAUAGACAUAAUUACCUCCCUUGCAUCACAGGUUUUGAAUGCGACUGAUGUGUUGGAAGAGGAGACUACAAGGAAGGACAUAACAGAUGAAAUGCCGGAUCGUGGUGACAAGUGUUCAAGAGAGGACUGGGCCAGUCAUCUGACAGAAGAACAACGGAUGGCUCCUGUGACGGAGAGAGUUGUGUUGCUGGUGUCGGAGUGCCUGGGUGAAGGUUGGGAGACGGUCGGACUCCGACUGGGACUGUCCUAUGCUUGUGUACAGAGGUGUAAGGUGCCUCGCUGUAUGCUGGACAAGUGGAGGAUGAAGGAGGGUGGGAAGGCUACAGUGGACGUGCUGGUGAAUGUGCUCCAGGAGAGUGUGUAUACCUGUACAGUGGACAUGCUUGAUGAGUCAGGUGUUUUCAACACACUACUUAUUAUUCACACACAAAUAUUACUGGUAGGCGCUGCAAAUAUGAGGAUCACAUUUGUUCAAGACCAUUGA